UAAAAAUAAAAACUAUUUAAGACUUUGUUUACUCCACGAAUUUCUACUUUAAAAAUAACCCACUUUUGUGUUGUAAAAUGUAAACAGAGAAACGCUAAAUAACAACGAAAAUAAACAGCAAAUCACGUUCUUGUGGCGCCAGUUAUUUGCAUAAUUAAAGCUCCUCAGUUGAUGGUUGGCGCGAUAAGGAGUGACUUGGAAUUCGGACGACGAGAAUGAUAAUGAUGAUGAUUGUGAUGAUGAUGAUGGCAGUCUAUGAUUAUUUGAUGUGAAUAAAGCGACAAGGUUAAUCAAGCUGUGACAAUGCAGGACACCAGCCUCAACAUGACCCAAUCGCAUUUGCAGCCCCAAAUGGCGGCGUUCAACAAAACGGUGCUGAAUGACCUGCAUAUAACCAAAACUGAUAUCGACAAGUUCCUGAAGUAUUGGCAGGACUUUCAAAAGAAGAACAUGUCCAACCAGGUGGACGAGUGCCAGGGCUAUUGUCAAGGUGAAAUCUACAAUUGGCUGCGCGCCUACAACAGCAUCCAUGGUUACGUAUCCCUGAUGAUUUGCAUAUUCGGGACAAUAGCAAACAUCUUGAACAUAAUGGUCCUGACCAGAAAGGAAAUGGCCAAGACGCCCAUAAAUAAUAUCCUCAAGUGGCUGGCGGUGGCCGAUAUGUUUGUGAUGCUGGAAUAUAUACCCUACACAUCGUAUCAGUAUAUUUAUAUGGGUCCAGGUGAAAAGGAUCUAAGCUACACUUGGGCUGUUUGUCUACUGAUCCACAUGCACUUCACCCAAAUCCUGCACACGAUCUCCAUUGGACUGACAGUAACUUUGGCCGUGUGGCGAUAUGUGGCCAUUAGACAUCCCAACGGGGGCUGUGCCAAUUUCCUGCUCGCUCAUUCCCGGGAGGCGAUCCUCCUGCCCUUCAUCCUGUCACCAAUUCUCUGCCUGCCCACAUAUUUUGUGUUUAAAGUGAGGGAGACCUACGACGUGGACAGCGUCAAUCCGGAGGCCAUGUAUCAUGUGUAUUUUGAUCAGGAUUCGGUUCUAUACAGGUUUAAUUUCUGGAUACAUUCCGUGAUUAUUAAACUUUUACCCUGUGGAAUUUUGAUUGUGAUCAGUGCCAUCCUAAUGCAUGUCUUGUGCGAGGCCUCGAGACGUCGUCUAAAGCUAAGGGACUACAAUAAUCCCGCCAAGUAUGCCAUCCAGCUCAAUCUAAAUGAGUCCAAGUCCAAGAAGCCGCCGCGUUGCGAUCGUCGGAAUGAUCGCACCACUCUCCUCCUGGUGGCCGUGUUGGUCCUCUUCCUGGUCACCGAAUUCCCGCAGGGAUUGCUCGGCCUGCUGUCCGGCGUAAUGGAGAAGUGCUUCUUCGCCCACUGCUAUCCGCCCUUUGGGGAGCUGAUGGAUCUACUGGCACUGAUCAAUGCCGCCGUGGGAUUCGUGCUCUAUGGACUGAUGUCGAAACAGUUCCGGACCACCUUCCGGUCGCUGUUCAUGAAGCGGCACUUUGGCAGCACCGAAAUGACCCGACUGACCCGUGUGACCACCACGUGCGUCUAAACAGGACUUGGAUUUAUAUUAUGGAAUCGGUAUCGCUAUCGAUGCCGCCGAGAUGUGAUUUUUAGAGGGCUCUGCAGGAUCAUUUUGUAGAGACAUUUUUAUGGGGAUUAGGUGAAGGGCAUCCAAGAUGUUCAGGGCUUGCUCCAACUGAGAAUUUCUAAAUCUUAAACUUUAUAAAAGUUUCG